AUGAACAGACUCAUGAAACGUAUCGCAGACGCGCAAAACGCCCCCAGUUUCGAAGACAACCCCUUCGAAAGAUUGGGAGUCUUGUUAUCCAAACAUUCGGGAUACAGUGUGAUCUUAGGGCAAAAGAUUCGCAAAGGUACUUGGGUCAUGAGAUUCCAGAGUGUGAAACCGCCCUGUACGAGGUCACAAGUCAAGUGUUCCACCUUGAAAACGCUCCAAUGGCUCAGCCUGGACGGAGGGACUGCAGAUUCUGAACGCAAGAAGGUCGAGCAGAAAUGGAAAGAAAGGUUGCAGUCGUCCUGGUCCCUUCUGCUCAGAACCGAGCCGGGUCAGGUCUACCCGGUCACAGUCAAUACAAACGCCAGAGCGUUUUACGACUACGAUCUCAGCUUCCACUUCGAGUUUGUUGACCCGGAACCUGAGGAAUCCACCUCCGAUUCACGAGAUCACAAGAUCCCCGUCCUGACGAUCUAUGUUGACGACCAUACGAGUAGAUCUGAGUCUGUACUAGCCCCGACCGUGGAGGAGUCCGUUGCUGACGGAAGAGCAUCCCCGACCACAUUUGCUAGUGCGGAGGCCUGGCGAGCAGGUUCCGCUCCCGGCUCGCAUAUCCAGAGUACUUUGGGGGGAUCAGGUCUCACGAUUGAAAUCCCCAAGACAGCAUCUCAAGGUACUCAAGACAUGCAUAGCAUUCUCCCAGGACCUUCCGGAUAUUCACUGGAAUCUGGAGCUCAUGAGUAUUCGGGAGCGAUCAACACAUACGAUGAUGUAUCGCCGGUAUCUAGCGCUGGCAGUCGAGGCAAAGGUAGCCCACCUUCCCGCUGA